UUAUGCCCGACUCAUAUCAUUUCGUGCACAACGUAACAUUGGAAAGAUACUCAGUGGAGAGGCUUCACACUGGUCAGUGCUAUUUUGAUGAAGAUGUUCUUCAGGUUGGCUUCGGUCUAGGAAAAGGUCAGUCUAAGAUUGUUUUGAUCACAUCGAGGAAGGAUUGCCUCCUCACCUCGUAGCCAAUCUGCCCCGUGUUGGCUUGACCAGGAUUGGAACUUCUUCUCGGUCCUGAUAUUCACACCAUCGUGUAAUAAUGGUGUCCAGUUCAGUCUUUUUCCAGACCAAGUACAAUUGGAUCGUUCUAUUGAUAACAGUGGUUGCUAUUACAACCAAGGUUUGGUGUUUAAUCCCGAGAUGCCGUCCAGAAUCUGAUCACCUAUAUAUUGACGAAGGCAAGAACGGCGGAUUUAAUACAUUCAAGUGGUACAAAUCAAAUAUACCGGGUACGCUAUCAACUCGCUACCUCAACUACAAUCGUGUUUAUAGCACAAAUUUCCAGUUUAACGGGAGCUGCACUAUUAAAGCAAUAGGUGUAUCAUUUGUGGCACGCGGAAAAUGUCGCGUCUCAAUUUCCAUUAAGGAGUUUGACCACAAUGGUUGGUCAAACACAAGGCCAGUUUGGUUCACGGAUCAUGUUCGUAUUGAUUUUCACUAUCUCCAUUUCUACGUGCAAUCAUCACAUGGGUUGAAAAUCAAAUUCACAGUUGAGAGUGAGAUGACACGUCCUCUCAGCCAGUGUACGUUUCAACUCAAUGAAGCACGUGAACCGUUCAUCGCCUUGCACGUCCAAGAAGAUCACGAUGAAUGUUCAGCAUCGAAUCAUCCCUGCUAUGGAUAUUACAACCCUUUAUAUUGUACAAACACGUGGGGAUCCUUCAGCUGUACGAGGACUUGCCCGCAUGGAUAUCGACAUGGAUAUAGCUAUAUUUGCAACGACAUCAAUGAAUGCGCUUGGUCUUCUACGCCUUGCUAUGGAUAUAUCCGCAGGGAUAAUGAGCCCAACUGUGUGAACACUCCUGGAGCCUAUCAGUGUAUUUGCCGGCAAGGUUAUGAGAUUGUCAAGAAGGGACACCGAUUUCAAUGCCAGGAUAUUGAUGAAUGCUCUCUUACACCUCACCACUGUGUUGCGUACUCUGCGCAAGGUCCUAGAAGAUGCGUGGACAGUAUGGGGUCAUACUCGUGUAAUUGCGUCGAGGGAUACAUAGCUCAGGAUACUAGUAAUAGAACCAUAUGUGUAGGUAAGUAGUUAUCCAUGUACUUUAGACCUGGGCCUAUCUCGUGUCUGAAGCUGAUACGCCAUGUGGUUUAAUUCAUGGCUUCUUGCAGGGUUAAUGGUAAAAGGUUUUGCCCGUGCGCACUGCAUUCUGCAUGUCCAAUGUUAUUCAGGCUCGCCUGGAGAAUGUCUGAAGCAAUACACAUCACUGCUGCAUCUCGGUGCAGCCCCUUCUCAGUAGUUGGCACGUUUAUCCUUGUCUCAGUACAAUUGUCUUUCAUUAUUAUUUACGAGUUGGGUAUGUGAACAUAGUAAAAAAUAAAUAAAAUAAAAUACCCCCUCCCCUGUAUCGGAUUGAUGACUUUGGGCCAAGGUACAUGUACAUGCCCCAAGAAACGUUGAGUUACUAUGCCUUUCAGACAUUUUCAUGCAACAUUCUAUUGUGGACCAAGGGAAAUGGUGAAGAAUGUGAUCUCUACCGGACAUACAUGUACAUGUACCCUCCUAGCAUAUCGAGUAUGCAACUGUUAGGCCUUGGCUUGGGUAGGUUGACUGGCAAUUCUACAUCAUUUCACGACUUUUAAAAGUUGUAUUAUUUCCUUACCCCACAUGGUAUAAGGUUUUAUAUACAGGCUACCCUAGGAAAAUGCGUGAAGAAAGUUGAAUCAAGAAAACGGGCUGCCACGGAAGAGAAUUACACCUAUCAGAGGCCAGGAAAGGCGAAGAGUGGAAACCGUGUCGUGAGGAAGCACUAUGCAGGGCGAAAGUGAGGCUGGACUGUCCUCAGGUCAAGGUAAAAAAAAAGCAAAAAUUUGCUGCGCUAGGAAACAUACCGGCCAGUCAAUCUUUUAAAGUGGCAGAGGUGUAGGUGAGACAUUUAACGGCAACAACAAAACAUAUCGUGAGGACAAAAUCCUACCACCAAACACUACUUGCUAUAUUCUAUUAUUCUGAUUGCACGAGAUUAUGCUGUUUUGGCGAUAGGACUUUUGCACAAAACUCCUCUUUUUGGCCUGAAUGGCAUCAUUGUUCAUUCGUACCUAACGAUGGCAAUAUUGCCGAAACGUUGUACGCAAAGGAACUGGUUCGGUUUUCAGGGCGUUGGGAAUAGGUGUAUCCACCCAACCUUUCUCUAAGGAUGGAGCUGCAAUAUGCCUCAAAGUUACUUCUCAAAUGCUCUUGACAUUGACACUAAUGUAUAGCUGGGUCUGACGGUUGGUUUGCUGUGUAAUUUAGCUCCCAGUCCAGGGCCAACAGCAUCUCCUACAACUACAUCGGAACGUACAGAUACUACACCUGCUACCACCAGCUCUGAGGCCCAUGAGAAAUUCACAUCACACCCGUCAUUGCCACCCACGGAAUACGCCAGUAAUCGCACCACACAUCUUAUAACGUCUAGCGCGCCACUCAAUGUCACAUCGCCUAUCGCCAUACCGGCUACAACACAGUCGGACACAAUGAUGCCAGGCUCAACCACAUCUAGCAGCUCUGUUACUAUACUAGUGACGUUAUUAGUCAUUGGCCUUAUGCUCAUGACUCUGCUGCUUGCAGUGGCAUUCUGUAAACGACAACAGAUAGCCAAAUUCUUCCACAGAAAUGAAAUCGCC